AUGACACGGUUCUUUACAUUAUGGAACAGUCCGAAGGAUGGUGUAGUCCGGAAAUCGGAUAAGGUUUCCAAGUAUUUGCUAGACGUCAAUGAAGCAUUCAAAAUGUGAGUAGCGGUGUUUAUUUCCAUCAGCAUGUUGAACAAUUGCAGCUGGUUUAUUUACGUGACAGCCGCUCUUCUCAUAAGUUGUUGUAUAUAUUAUUACGCAUACGACUGCAAGCGCCGUUUGGAGUUAAGACGAAGGCGACGGGAAGUGCAACGCACCAAUGAAAGGGUGCCGCAAAGGAGGCGUCCGGGCGCCGCGUAUAGGGACCACGAGGUUUUCCGAAACGUUUUGCGCACAGUUCGGCAAUAUAUUGGUCACUCGGAAGACAAAAAUCAAACCAAACCAUACAUGCUGCGCCGCACACGGAGUGGUGCCGUCUACGGACGAUUCGUCGACCGGGAAGGUGGUGGCACAUAG